UUUUGUGAAAUGAUGGAAAAUACAUAUAACUGUGGUGCAGUCCAAUAAAGGAAAAGACAUAUUAAACGUCGACGGCUGCUUCUUCUAUUUGGAACGAAAAAAUAAGAAACCAUUUAACUGGGCUUGUUCUGAACGAAUUAAAAACAAAUGUACCGUGCGUAUUGUCACACAAUUUGAUGGCUGUGAAUAUGUUAUACGAAAAAAAAGAAAUGAACAUUCUCAUGAUCCAUGUGCGCAUAAAAAAUCGGUAGCAGAAACAAAUAAUCUGGUUAAAAAUAUGGCUCGCUCCAGUUUUCUGCAGCCUAGCCAAAUAAUUCAGCGUUCGGUAUCUAUGACAGAAAAACAUAUUAGAGAUUAUCUGCCAUCAAGAAAUGCCCCUAAGUUAAAAAUUAGAAGACAACGGAACAGUUUGAAAUGUUUUAAAGACCCAACUUGUGUUGAAGAAAUAGACAUUCCUUUAUCACUUUAUGUUUUGGAAGGUCAACUAUUUAUUUUAAGUGAGAAAGUUAUUGAUGGCGAAUGCAUUCUUAUAUUUGGAACAAAAUCUUCGCUGCAGUCGUUAAAUGAGAGCGACUGCUGGAUUAUGGACGGUACAUUUGACGUUGUUCCAGCGAUGAUAAGGCAGCUAUUUUCCAUACACGGAAGAGUAGAAGGGCAAAUUGUUCCGCUGGUAUUCUGUCUUAUGACCAAAAAAUCGAAGUCAAUGUAUAUUUCUUUUUUUGUUGAGUUGGAGAACUUCGCAUUGAACUAUGGUAUCCAACUGAAUCCGACGCGUAUAAUUAGUGAUUUCGAAAUGGCUAUUAUUUCUGCAGCAAGGGAGUGUUUCCCAUUUGCACGGCAGAGUGGUUGCCUCUUCCCCUUCGGGAAAAUUAUUUGGCGAAAAGUUCAAAAAGAAGGACAAAUAUGGCAGCAGCGAGCAGUUUUCAAUCCAAGUACGAAUGCUUAAAAGCUUAGCACUGGUUCCUCAUAGCGAAAUCUCAGAGUAUUACACAAGUUUGCGUAAUUCAUUUGACGACAGCGAUUUGCAAAAACUUUCAAAAUGGUUUGAAAAAAAUUAUGUGUUUGGUGAAAAGUCACAGCCUAAAUAUUUAACACAAUUUUGGUCCGUGUUCGAUGACCCUAGAUCGAAAGUUUUUCCAAGAACGCAAAACAAUCGCCGCCUUAAAGUCAUACUUGGAAAAAGUCGUGCGACGCUGUACAAAUUGAUAUCUGACUCACAAAGGGAGCUUAUUUAUGCUGAAACACAAGUACAAAAAUUAAAAAACGGCGAAAAAAUAAAAGUAAACAGAACAUUUAUGGAAAAAACCAACAAAUUACAAGAGUAAUGAAAAAAAGAUUAGAUUUAAGUCACUUAGCGUAUUUAAAGCGUAUUGCUUCAAACAUGACAUUA